AUGUGGCUGCAGAACCUGCUUUUCUUGGGCACUGUGGUCUGCAGCAUUUCUGCACCCACCCGCUCACCCACCCUUGUCACUCGGCCCUCUCAGCACGUGGAUGCCAUCCAGGAGGCCCUGAGCCUUUUGAACAACAGUAAUGACGUGACUGCUGUGAUGAAUAAAGCAGUAAAAGUCGUCUCUGAAGUGUUUGACCCUGAGGGGCCAACAUGCCUGGAGACCCGCCUACAGCUGUACAAGGAGGGCCUGCAGGGCAGCCUCACCAGCCUCAAGAAUCCCUUAACCAUGAUGGCCAAUCACUAUAAGCAGCACUGUCCCCCUACCCCGGAAUCUCCCUGUGCAACCCAGAUUAUUACCUUCAAAAGUUUCAAAGAGAACCUGAAGGAUUUUCUGUUUAACAUCCCCUUUGACUGCUGGAAACCAGUCAAGAAGUGAGGCAAGCCAGUCCAACCAGGAGCCAGCCCAGUCCAGCCAGGAGCCAGCCCUGAGAGCAUACCUCACAAGUCACUGCCUUUCUACCCAUG